CUUGCUUGCAUUAUACAAGCCCUCGCUGCCCCGUAACAUCAAAUAUGACAGAUUCCUCGACUUGCAUCUGCCCUUAGCGUCCACCGAUUCCAACACUUGACAUCAACCAAGCGUCUGUUGGCGAAUUUUAUGUCGAUUCUUUCGAACGAGCUUCGAUGGAGGCCGAAGACAAGCUCUGUAGGAGGCACAUCCUAAUGGGCCACGAAUCGUGCAGAUGGUCGCACAAAGCUGGCCAUUUCAGUAAACAGAGAACGACAGUGGACUCCUGGUGGUGUUUUCGGGCUCCGAGCGAGCUGAUUCCAGUCUCUCGAGUACACCUUCCGUGGCGGGCUCUUGCUCGAAGUAUUGGACAAUUGCGAAGAAUUGAAACAAUGGCUGCGCCGAAGUCUCAAUUUUAAAGGAUUCUUUGAAACGAAGGAUGGGAGAAGGUCCAUCGCUUAGUAGUGUACGAGAAAGCACACAAAUCGGUAGGGAAAAAUGCGAACGCAUGUCCUAAGGUCGCCUCGAAUUCCAACAAUGAAUGAAGGUACGGGGCCAAGUGAGAAAUUUUAGCGGAGACAGUGCUCAAUCGUGGAUCGAGAGACGGAGGUCAAAAAAUGUGGUUAUGUUGUCGAAGCUCCAGCUCCAGCUCCGUCGCUGCGCAGAGAUUAUUUCUGCGAGCCCUCGCUUCGCAUUCUCCAGCGAGUGCGGAAUCCGGAAGCGGCGCAGAGCCGAGGGAGGGCGCCGGCGAUGAGCACGCGCAGCGGAGCAGCGGCGGGAGGUUUUCCAGGGCUUUAGGCGCCGCAAGGCCUCGGUCGAAUUUCGAAAAGCAGCGGGUUCCUCCCGCCGCCGGCAUUCCGAGAGCCCGAGCGAAUGUGCCCUUCAGGGACGAAGAAGACGAGCCCGGACGACGCAGGUUUCGAGAUCCGUCGAGGGCUCGGGGCGGCGACAAUCUGCUGCAGCGAUCUGCAAUUUCCGAGCGUGAGGAGCCGAGAGAGCAGGACCAGCAGCAGGCGCAGCAGCGGCAAUCUCGCGAGGAGGACGGAAGCCUUGAUGGCGGCACUCGGAGGCUUGGUGGCGCCCGAGCAACGUCGGCGAAAAUUCGUCCGGAUCAGGUCCGUGGUCGUGAUGAUGGUGCGGCAUUUGACAGGUCGUCAAGGGAACGACCGCAUUACGGGUAUCGGUUGAAACGAGAUGGGCCCGAGAUCGGCGAGUUUCGCAGACUCGAUGGUCCGAGUUUGUCCAGUAGAAUUUUUGGUGAAGAUGGUGCCGAGGAGGAAGUGACGACGCCACGCUCUGGACACAGGGAUUCAUGGAAAUCCAGACAAGAUCGCGAAUUCUCUGACUCUGACGAGGAAUUGGAAGGUAGGGAUUCCAGUCUCCAGCUCCUGGACGAUGAGGUGCGUCCUCGCUCUCCAGGGUUCCCGCGUCGCCAGGAAGGAGAGAAAAAGUGGCAGUAUGCAGUAAGAAAGAAGCAGCAGCUGGCAGGAUGGAAUCGGGGAAAGGUGAAUAAAUCUCCUCAUGUUACUUUCAUGGAUGAUGAAGGACUGGGGCAUGUCCCACAGGGCGAUGAGUGGAGGCGUAAGAAGUUGGAGUGGUUGUGUAGGGAGCUUGUCGGUCUGAAACCUCGUGGUGUUGUCACUAUUCUGAACGAGCAGCGCCCGUGGAUCAAAGGCGAAGACGUCAAGUACAUCGUCGAGCACCUGUUGAAGAUGGAUCAAUUUCUGCGUGCCCACAGAGUUUUGAAAUGGGAAAUGCAGCAGCCUUUUUAUGAGUUCAAUUUUGAACUCAAUACUCAAGUGGCGAAUGCUCUCGGGGAAAACAAAAAGUUAAGCAGGACGAGAGACAUAUAUGAUCUGAUGAUCCAGAAUGGACACGUGCCUGAGCUCUCCACCUAUGUUUUGCUUAUCAACUGCUAUCUGGAGGAAGGUACCACCGACACUAUCCUGAAAGGUUUGUAUCUGUACAAUCAAAUGAUGCAGCUGGGUGGACAUGAGCCUCCUGCCAGUCUUCGCUUUAAAUUGUUCAAGGCCCUCGCUCAAAAGAAUCUUACGCUUAUCGAAGAGGCAGAUGAGGUUUUUGACGGCAUCCGCGCAGCUGGUCUGGUGCCAACUGAAGAGAUGUACCAACACCUGGUUUUGCUGCAUGGAAAUAGCGGCAACCAAAGCCGAGUGGAAUCCCUCACGAAAGAGAUGAAGGACUUGGGGAUAAACAUCGGUGAAUCAAUAUAUACUGCCAAUGUCAUCAGAGCCUGCGUCAAAGACGUAGAUCUUGCCAAGGCCGAAGAAUCUUUCAGUGAGCUGAAGAAGGUGUGGGUGAAGCCUAUUCCAUCGGUCUAUGCUGCCCUGAUCAAGCUGUAUGGCAAAUCAGGUCUGCCCGACAAAGCCUUCGAGAUGUUUCAGGAGAUCAAGCAUAGUGGGAUUAGUAUAAACAUCAAUGUCUACGAAGCAAUGAUCGAAGUCUCUGCCGCUGCUGGAAACAGAGAGCAGGCAGAGCAACUUGUGGAAGAAGCGGAGGCAAGGGGCUUAGAGUCCAUGCAGGGUUGCUACAAUGCCCUGAUUCGUAUGUACUCAGAGCUCGGACAGUUGGAAAAGCUGGAAAAAGUUUUCCAUGAAAUGCCGAGCAAACGCCAUUAUCCCAAGAUUGCUUCCUACAAUGCUCUUCUCGAGGCUUACGUGACACACGGCCUCGUAGAAAAGGCAGAGGCGCUCUAUGAAGUGGUGAAAAAGGAAAAGAGGAUCGCUGCCAAUCCCAAGACCUACGAACUUUUGAUCAAGGCAUACGGGAAGCUGGGAGCCUCGGCGAAACUGAAUGCAGACUACAAGGAGAUGGCUGCUCAUAAGAUGGGCGUCCCCAAGGGACCAGCAGCUGACAUUCUGAAGGAUGCUCUCAGUCCUAGAGAGAUCACAGCUCUGAAAAACUCCAAGCUCAAGCUCUACAAGAAUCAACGUGAAGUGCUGGCCGGCGUGCUCCUGGGUGGAGCGAGGGUUGAAAGUCACGAUAAGAACAGAACCUACGAGCUGCAUUUUGAGCUGGAUCCUGAUGAUCAAGUCGGUGCACUGCUGCUCAAGCACUUAUACCAGCUAUUCGCCGACUGGUCUGUGGAAGGUCCCAAAGAACGGCUGUCCGAGGAUCCUAAACGACCUUCUGAGACCAGGAAGGUCCUCGCGUUCAGGACGGUCAGUCAUGGAUCGUUCAGAUUUUUUGCUCACCAGUACAGGCCUGAUGGGAAACCAAAAAUCCCUAGACUGAUACAUCGCUGGCUCAGCAAUCAGACUCUGGCCUAUUGGUACAUGUACGGUGGUAAGAGGUGUGCUCAGACCGGAGGCAUUAUUUUCAAUGCUUCUGCUUACAGCAGUAAGGAACUGACGCUGGUGUUGGACGCAUUGAAGACCAAGACAAUCGAAUGUGAGAGGAGACAGUCGGGGGACAAGCAAAGUCUUCUUGUUACAGGAAAGUCUGCUUUCUGGCUGUGGAAGUUGAUGCAGCCCUUCAUUGUUGCUGGGGCGAGAGAUUUCUUAGAACCUGAAGACAAAUUGGUCAUUCCAACUUCGAAGACAUAGGUCACAGCUUGUGCACAGGAGUAGAGCGUUCUAUUCCGAGCGGACCGUGGAGAAGAGAGUGCACAGCUUGGUAUCGUUGAUGUUUAAGUUUCUGCUGAAGACGGGAAGGAACAGGUUUCCAUGUGUUCCUUCUCCAAGCUUAGCAAGUGCCAUGGGUCUGCAGUUGUGCCAUCGAGGGCUUCAUGGUCAAAUUUUGAUAGCUCCGAGAAGAUACGAAUGUUAAGUAGAUGAGAGUCCUUCUGAGCCCGUAAGUUGUCUAGAAAGCCAAUCGUCGCAAGACAGGGUGCUGAGACGACGAUUCCAAAACCUGGCUAUAUAGUGUUAGCGAAGGGUGUAAAGCCUUUACAGUAUGAAAGAUGAUUUUUCACGAGGCAAGGAGUUUUGUUGUUACUACCGGACAUAUUUUUUUCUGUCCUGGAAGAAACCGGAAUCAGAGCAUGUCGAGAGCGAAGGUAAUAGCUAUUGUAAUAUCAUGAAAUCACCUCAACGACUUGCAAAAAUCUUGUUCGAUACAUGUCAGCUUCUUUUAGGCAACAUCCUUUUGAUCAAAUUGAGGGCCGGUUCUUGGCUGAGAAUGGAUUGCCUACAUAUAUCAUCUCAAGGGUACCUCACUUGCUUCGUUGAAUAUUAAGAUGAUGCAGUGACACGGUCCUGGCCGACUAAAGUUGGGCAUUUGCAACACUCUAAACUAAAACUCACAGCUUUGAUUGCAACUGACCGCGCAGAGUUCUGUCAAAGCGAAGGCU